AUGUCAAGCUCGAGUCGCCGUAACCACUUCUGGGAUAAAAGAUGGCCUGGGUGCAAACCGUCUGAUAGCAACUCAAAGAAGUAUCUCUUUUUGCCCCGUCUGCAGUCCCGCAAGUCUACAAGCUCCUUCGUCGUUGCCCCCUUUUUAUACAGGAAGACGAGUGGCAAGGAUGUGUCCUGUUUUAUCUGCUCCAAUCGAAUGCCUUUACUGUCGGAGACCAAGACUGCUAUGCUUCGUGCCUCUUCCUGCGGAACUACCAAUGGUCGUUUCCCCCAAGUACUCAGAUGCGUGGACGGCACUUUUAUCAAAAUUACGAUGCCAUCUGAAAACGAGGUGGACUAUGUAAAUAGAAAGGGGUACCAUUCAUUGAAUGUGCAGAUGGUAUGCGACCCCAAUUUUCGAAUUACAUCACUAUGUGCAAGAUGGCCUGGGUCAACACACGACAGUAGGGUAUGGAGAUCAUCCGCGCUAUGCCAUCAAUUCGAGAGAGGAAUACACAGUGGACUUUUACUUGGAGAUUCUGGAUACCCCUGCACUCAUUACCUCAUGACUCCUUAUAAUGUACCUUCAAACCGAGCCCAGGAAAACUUCAACAGCUCGUUGUGCCGUACCCGUGUUCUCAUAGAACAAAUCUAUGGUGUUUUAAAGAAGCGGUUUCAGUGCCUUCAUUACGGUCUGAGAUGUUCACCUGAACAAGCUGUUGAUUAUAUCACUGCUUGUGUCUUACUACACAACAAAAGGAUAGAAAAAUCAGAUAUUUUCAUCAGCAGUAAUUGCGCAGAUUAUGAUUUGCAGGAAUGCAUCAAUAUUGCCAUGAAUGUAGAUCGAAUUCCGCCUAGUAACGAUGGUUGUAGGAAGAGAGAUGAAAUUGCAGAUUUGUUUUUCUCUUGA